AUGGCAGCAACCUUUCAGUGGAAGGCUCAUUGCGCAGACGCAGCAAAUACCACGGACGGCGGGAAAAGCUAUACGCUGAUUCGCAUGCCAGCUACAGACUACUCUAAGACCCCAAGCCCUAACCGUCGAAGGGGUACCCUCGUCGUCUCAGAACGAGUGCUAGCUUCUUAUUUAGUUGAUUCUUUCACUCGUUUUUUUUUAUUUCUAGUUGCUUGGGGCUCAACCGGAAACAUUGAAUAACAAUAUACUUCAUCAAAUUUAAUUUCUGCCGAUCCGGUGCUGAAUGCGCAGGGCUGAGGCAGGAGCCCAUCUGAGUCUGAGUCUGAAUACUAGAAAUAGGUAACUACGUUCUCUGAAUCUUUUUUUUAUAGUAGAUGCAGUCCCAUCAUUCACAUUCGGAGACUGCUCUCACGUACACACCACUCAACAUUUGGGUCGAACUUGCAUCUACCGAUGCUCCUUUUUCUCCCUGGAUUGUAUUUUUCUAGCUGUACGUCCAGCAAAGUGACUGAAAAUCGGCAACAUCAUAUUAAGUACUACUUUGAUUGGGUCGGUAAGAGAUGAACGAAGAGCGACGUGCGUAAAUCAAAUAUUUCUACUAUUCUUCGUUUUCCCACGAUGUUCGAAGUUGUUGCAGUGCUAUCUAGGGUGCAACUUUCUUAGUGGGCUCCGCAAAUAGAAUUCCCCUAGCACGUUUUUUCUUUGUUUAUCCUUAUUAUGUCUUUGUUUUCUCGUCAAAAUACUUAGGAAUUUAUCCUGUUGGAGGCUGCUCUAAACGCGUUCUCUUUCUUUUUGAUUUUCUCGUCAGCAUAGGCAAUUAUCGUGUUGGAGGCUCUAAGUGAAACUGGAGAACUCACUGCUUCAACGCCACAUCGAGACUUGUCAACGGACACCUCCACUUUCGCAGGCGAGUAGCUGCGAGUCAUGGCUGGGGAUGCAACAACUGGAAAAAUUGGCGACGUUGUACAGCAAUCUGUACCUAUCGUGUAUGGCCAUCUUCUUCUUCACCUGCUUCUACUUCUUGUUUUUAAAAAAACGCAUCUUCGUCUAGUUGUUUUUCUUGCUAGAGCUAGUACUUGGUGAAUUUGAAUUUGAAAGUAAUGUAAGCAUCUUCCGAAGUCUUAUCGCUUAAGGUUCGUCGACUCUGGCCAGGUACAACCGUUGAACACCAAAUUGCUUCUCUGACUGCAGAUGACAAGACCACCCUGCCCAAAACCUUGUUUUAUUGCUAGGUGUGAGUUGUGAUUUUCACUUUUUUGAUUCUCGACGAUCGACUCCUUACCACGGGAGUGUGAACCAAAAAUAUCUCAACAACCACACUUACUUCAUACCUUUGCCUCUUCGAUUAAGGCUAGCGAUAAUUCAGCAUCUUUCUGGAGUGCGCGACCUUUGAUUCCUGAUGACAAAUGGAAUACUCAGCAGUCUGUCUGAGACUACGUGUUAUGAUUAAUUCUCAAGCACGACAGCAACGGGAAAACGACCCGCAUGAAAGUAUUCCACUUCUGAAAACUUACUUGAAUUUGAAAGAACAGGAAUCAAUACAAGAAUAGCAAAGAUUAAGGUCACCGUAAAUGCAUCCGCAGCAUCCCCUACUUGGCUGUUUUUUCAGGUGAAAAAAGAUAAGAAAUUUUCUCAAAGAAACGCCCAAGGAAGCUUAAAAUUUCAAGGAAGAUGCAAAUGCGGAAAAUCUAAGCUAAAGGAUGAUGAAUAUCGGAUAGCUAUUCAUCUAUGGCUGCAACGACCUACAAUCCAUCUCCAGAACUGCAACAUUUUGUAUUAAGGCUUUCCCUAAUCCAUCUCUUCUAUGCAGAGAUGAUCCCUCAAGCGUAGGCAUGCCUCCCAAUACAAAGGAGACAUUCUUGAAACAUACUGUUGAGGGAUCUACUCCACAGGGAUGCAUUGAAGAGACCUCUAACCAGAAGCAUCUUGGAGCUGUGGCAUAACGGGAAAGCAGGUCCAAGAUAACACUAAGCUGUUGGUUCCACCGAGAUGGAUUGGCAUUUGGGUGAGCUCCAACUUAAUUCGAGCUACGUGACUGUGUCGGGUUUACGUGGCGACGAUUCAGGCCUGUGCGGUACAUUGAGGGGGUUCCCUUAAGAAUAAAAAUGAACUUGCCCUGUGUCACGUUAGAGUAUUAUCGCACAGUCAGUACUGCAUAGCCACAGGCCACUUUGUGUCAACACGAGGCACUACUUCACUGAGUGGCCUCAUACAUAGAUGCGGAAGGCUUCAGUAGUUGUAGAAGAUUUGUGCCGGCGGCUUACCGGUUUCUCGUCCCAUGAUUAAUUAGCUGAGUGGACAUUUUGCGGCGUGUAGACAGUUGGACAAGAAAAAAUGGCUAUAAUAAAGUAGGGCCAAUAUAACAUGACACGACGUGCCGCCAGCAGUGUACUUCUUAUCCAUAACGGGACAAGCUUCUCUUUACUGAAGAAGAAACAGCUUUUCUUUAUCUAUAACGGGACAACCUUCUGAAGUAAGAGACAACCUUCUUAUCUGUAAUGAGGAGACAAGGUUCGUAUCCAUAACGGCAAGGUGUUCCAUAAGACAGUCGUGCUGAGUAAGAGAUACAAGUUGUUGAGGCCAGGAGCAGAGCAUAUAUUUGUACUAGUCGUGACCAGAUUGAUAAGACGAUUGCGAAGAAUUUUCGUGGGAAGAAACAGAAAGAAAGACUGCGGAGAAUCAGGGAGCCUUUUAGCAGGGGACGCAAAAACACGCCGUAGCAGGGCUCGCGCUAGCGCGGGGACCGACAUCCUGCCGUGCGCAAGUUGUCCCCGUACCCGAAACCCUGCCCCGCGAUACUCUGGCUCGCCCGAAACCGUGACCCCAAAGCCCUGACUUCCGAAGGCCUGACUUCCGAAGCCCUGACUUCCGAAACUCGGACUCCUGCCGCCCUGACUGCCAAGCCCUUCCCCUCAAAACCCUGGUCCCCGCAACCCUAACCCCCGCUAGCCCAAACCCCGCAAUUCUGAUCCCCAAAACUUUGACGCCCCCGAACCUGACCCCCGAAACCCUGACGCCCAGGACCCUGGCCCCCGAAACAGAAACACUGGCCUGGUGCUCGCCCGCAGAAACGUCGCGCUUAUUGCUUUCAUGUCGACCCUUAGUGCGUCAACGGUGACACGAUUCAGCCUUUCGUUUUGCUUUCGUGUCAACUCUGGGUUCGUCAGCUUUGACACGACUAGUAAAGAUUUUGCCAACUCUGAGGCGCCUACCCUAUGGAAAUUCGAAAAAUUUUCCGAGUCUGGGACUUUCCACCCUGGCACUGGCAUCAAAACCUUGAGACUUUUCAGGCGUGGGAAAACUCUGGCGAACUCGGUCUUUCUUCUCUCUACUCUGUAGCCCUUGCCUUGCGUUCUCCUGCCCCUUGUGAUUCUCGCAGCCGCACGGGAAAACCUAGACAACAAGUCUCGGCUUUCGUCGACUGUUGUAAUAUAUAAAGAGGAAUUAAGGUCUCCUGAGAACGGUAGUGCGAUGUUUGAGCAAGCCUCUAUAUUCUACUUUCACUCUUUGUUUAUAUAUAACGGAAACCGGAAGUUCCGCGAUCGACAUCAAUCAUAUAUACUGCUUAGCUCUAAGUAUGGACGAGAUGGAGCUUGCCAAAAACCCAAACGAGAUAAUGGGUCAGUGCGACUUCUACACACAGUUCAGGUUAUGUAUAUAAAGAUAUAAUUGAUUCCUUCUAGUUGGGCCUGCUCGACCAGAAUAUAAAAAGAUAUGAUUGAUUUUUUGGCGGGUAGUUUUUGUUCACCAUGUUGCUUGUACCAUGCUCGCGAACGCUCACAUCCGGAUCCGCCGCACAGAGAAGAUAUAUUAACAGAAAUAAACGACCGCCUUUAGUAACUUCGUCGUACAUCAAGUACUAAUACGUAAAAGUAGAAGAUAGAAGAUUAGCAUACAUAGAGCUAGAACUAGAUGAAGAUGCAGCUCAGGUGCAUUAGAGACCCCCUGCUUCUACUCCCGACGUGCUCGGCCCUAAAACGAAACCCGAAAUGCGAGGUCUGGACAGGUAGUGCCGCGAAGGCGCAGUUUCCGGGAGGCAUUGCUCUUCCACACAACUGGAGUGCACAGUGGGCAGAAGAGAAAUUCUCACAUGGAAGCGUCGUAAUGAUUAAGGCUCCUCAAGUCUAUAUAAUUCUGUGUUAUUCCUGCUUCUUUUUGAAGAGAUUUUUCCUAGGAGAUUUCUCUAGUACUAAGUAUUCUCAAGAAAGGAUGAAUAACAAUAAUUGUAAUUCAUCUCUGAGAUGAAGACGACCUGAGUCGAAGAUGAAGGAUCGCGAGCGCUAAAAUGAGGACGGAUACUUCGGAAACUCAACUGAACCUGUAUAAUGGCACCCCGUGGACUUAUGAAAAUCGUAUGAAAUUCGAAAAAAAGACUACCCUACACUAUUCUCACAAGUGUUGAAACUACAUCCAGUAGAUGUAAACCCAAACCUCCCCAAAGUUGUAAGCAUUUUCACUCGAUAUAAAUCAACAUAUUGUAAGUGUUAUUAUAUUUGUAAGUAGUCGUGCUUGUAAAUUGGAACAAUGCAGUUUCACUUCGUUUUAUGACGGUAUAUCUAAUGGAGAAGCCGGCACAUUGAAUCGGCCGACGAGAGAUGCGAAACACGCGCGGAGGGUAGCGAAGGAUGCACAAGGGUUAUGAUAGAUAUGCUUAAUUGUAUCCCUGUUGACUGUACUUGUCACCUCAUUACGCUACAGACUUUCUCGGCGAGUCUUUGACUGUCGCAGGAUAUGUUUCGUCUUGCGGUUCGGUCUGACCACUUGAGACGCAGUGAAGAUGAUGAAUUUUCCAGGGGCCAGAACUACACUUUCUAAUCAGGGGCCAGCGCCAGACGGUCCUGAGGACCACGUGGCAGGGGAAUUCCGAUGGUACGAAUCUGAUCCAGAAUUCAUCCACCCGCCUGCGCAGGAGGAUGACGCACAAGACGAUAGUUAGAUCUAAAUUUGGACUCGUACUUCUAGUUCUACUUCUGCACCACCAGGCAUUACGCCGACGCUGGCGCAGAAUUUCUUUUUAUGUUUAGGAUGUAUUUUCGCCAUAUAUUUUCAGGCGCUCCUGAGCUAAUUACACUGGUAUAAAUUACUUGUACCAUAAAUAUUCCAAGCAGAAUUGCGUCAAAGCCAGUUUCUGCUAGCUCUUGCCCUACGACUAUAUCAAAGCCUCAAGAGUAUUCUUUUUUCACAACUGAGUGAGUCUGACAUAAACGUGCGCGCCCAGGAGCCAGAUUGCAACAUCGAAAACGCAAUUGCUUAUUGCGGAGUCUUUAUCUUCUCUGUUGUAGCUCUAAUUUAGGAGUGCGACCACAUUUUUUUCGACAAGCAGCUCGAGGAGCACAUUGUGGACAAAAAAGAAACUGUGCUUCGGAAGUAAGUGCGGAAUGGGAAUAGAAGCAUUGCUGGAACAACAAGAACGGUAGAUGUAUUAUUGUCAGUAGUGUUCACAGAAAUCUAUGCUUCCACGCAUCUUCGUCGAGUGUUAGUGUUUAAAAGGAAAUAUUAGGAGACAGCGAAAAUGCGCCUCAGAAAGGAUUCCUGGUAGUUCCUCCAAUUGCAUCAGCUGCAGCAUCAGCUCACCACCGGACAGCGGAUCGAUAGAAUGCAUGUGAAUCUAAAAAUAUUCCUCUUUCUACGCGCCACCACUAGAAGUAGUACACCACGGUUGAGAUGCUCGUUUAGACUUAACGAAAUUCGUUUACUCUUUCAACAGAUCGAGAUGAUCACGGCAGCUAAUGCAACUAGUAGACAAGAACUUACAAAAGCGUGCUUUUUUACUCUCUCUUGCUUUGCGUCUUCAAUGUCAAAUAGAGCAGCAGCGGGCGCUGCUCUAGGUGAAUCACACGUGAAUACCGAAAUAUGAUGAACAAUCACAACAGCGAGCAACUGGAACAGAUGAAAUUUAACGAUGCCACAGAAGAAUGUUUGAAACGACAAUGAACUCGGCCGCGAAC